CAUGUCUUUUUUCUUUUUGCUUUCGAAAGCAAAGGAAAUUAAACCUCUUUACUUUUGUGCAUUUUGUGUGGAGGAUGUCUGAAACGGGGACCCCUGCCGAUGGGCCGGUGGAGCAACUAGAAACUCAUUCUCCCAUCAACAAGGGUAUGGAGUUGCGAGACAACAGCAUUACUUUCUCGCCUGGAGAUAGUGAAUGCACCAGUAAAGGCUUGAAUGAGGGUUCCUUAUCAUGCUCAGCCGCCGAGCAGAAGGAGGGCACGGGGAGCAUGUCCAGGAGCGCCAUGAAGCUGGAUGAAAGCACGCUGAAAGUGGAUGAGUUAGAGGACGAGGAAGAUGGGGCGUCUAGCGGAGAUAACGCUGGCGAGAUCCCACAAGAGGUUUUGGUAUCCAGCAAUGAGGUCAAAAAUAUCGUUUUGCAAAUAUUGAGCCCGUAUUUUGAUGACGAUGGGGGUGGUGACGACCCCAUCCAUCCCCAUGCGAUUGAUGAAAAGGCUCCGGGUGUAGGGGGCGAUGAUAGCCGCGAUCAAGGCUUACAAAGCGAUUCUGCUCACGCUGAGGCCGGCCUCGUAGAUGACGAUUAUUACAAUGACACCGCCCAGCGAUAUGACCACAACAAAUCUAUGGCAUGGACACAGCUGAUAUGUGAUGGCAUCAUGAAGAAGUUGAUUUUGAUGGACAAACCGUUUAAGUAUGUGGUACACUGUAUGAUCAUGCGCAAGACUGGUGCCGGUAUACAUGUGUGCUCUAGCAAUUAUUAUGGCCAGUCCGAUGGCUGCUUGAGCCACUCCCAUGAUCUCAAUCCACAUAUAUACGCGGCAGUAACGGUGUACUGGAGCGGGAUAUGAUGUAGAGAUAGAAGCGUGCGUAUUCUUGUGCUUGAAUGGUGGUGGUUAUCCUCCUUGAGGAUAAGCUUUCUCUCUCAUUAAAAUUGUCUUUGGAAGCCUCUUCCUCCCCAUACUUGUCCUCGCAGUACUCAUUUAUUCCUCUAUGCCUAUGAGCUUUAUACUCAUUUUCUUGUUUCGUUCAUUCGAUGUAGAUAUCACUAUCUUUGUAAGUAUGCUGCUAAGACCACAAAGAUAGCAAAUCGUGGUAGUCACACAAGAAACCAUUCCUAGCGUAUUUGAAUUGGACGGAUACGAGGAUGAUAAAGACACCAUUUAUUUCUCUUCCAUCCCUACCGACGAAUAAGAAGUAAGGAUUUGUCAAAACAUUCCUCUUCUUACAGAUUUCCUCCUCGAAUAAUUUCUCAAUGACAUUAAUAGAGAAGAUAAGACGUCACGUGCAUAUAUAACUGCCUCACUCUUUUUCUUUGCUGCGUCUUGAUUAUCUAUCCUGUCACUACGCGUAUCGCUUUUCUUCACCUUUAGAGGAAAUGGCAUUUCUUAUCGUUCCGACAGUCUGAUUGAAAACUUUUUGACAACCCAUU